CAACAUAAGGCUUUUGUUCUUGUUGGAUGCACUGUAUUUUCCCCCAUAUGCUUAGACACGUAAGUGAUAAGUGAUAUCUGCUUUGUUCUGCCACUCCUCCUCCUCCUUCACCCUUCAGAAGACAAUAACAGAUUACAGUAAAACUAAUUUAAAAAAAAAGAAAAAAUGAGAAAUGUGUAGAUUUCUGAGAACAGAUUCUGAAAAGAAAAAAAGUGGAUGGGGAGACUGCCCCCUCUAACCUCCAGAGAAACAACAAAAGAUACGUCCUAAAGAUUUGCUUCAGCAGAAAGAUGGCAAUCUGGAAUGGGGUGACUAUUUUUGACAAAAAAAUCACAUAUUUUUGACAAAUUCCUUCGAUUGUGAACCUUUUAUGGAGCGCAGUAAAGAAAGCUGUGUUUAACAUACGAAAUCUACAUUCAAAAACGACACCUAAACCAUUCCUAAAUCACUCAAUAACCACAAAUUAAAAUUACUGGAGGACCACAAAGUUCAGCGAAAAACAGAGGAUAAUUCAGCCUGCAAUUUUCUCAGAGGACCCCCUGAGAAAUCCAUCCACUAAAAAAACAUUGUGUUCAUUUCUAUGGAAGAAUGGAAAUCCACUGUUCAUUUAUAUUGUAUUAUUUAUUCUUAUUUAAAACUAGUGUCAAGUUCAGUAGUUCACGUUAUCAUUAGGGAAAGUGAAACUAUUCAGUGUGUAGGAUCCUUCAACCCCUGUAGCGCCGUCAGAGUUACCACGCUUAAGCGGCUGUCUGAAAGAUGGACAAGGCUUUUGUUCUUGAUGGACUCGCUGUGUUUUUGUUCCUCCCUCAAGUUGCUGAUUCCUGAUAAGGUUUGACGCUGUAAAGACGAGUGAUGUUUGCUUUGUUCUGCCACUCCUUCUCCUCCGCCCUGCAGAAGACAAGAUGACAGAUGACAGUCAAACUGAAAGAUAUGGCAAGAAAACGGUAGAAUUCCCAGAAAAGAUAUUGAAGAGAAGGAGGGGACGGAGGAACCGGUCCUACAGGGGGAUGACUGGGCAUCCGGAGAUCAGUCUCUAAACUUCAGAGAAACACAAAAGAUACGUCCCAAAGAUCUGCUUCAGAAGAAAGAUGGCAGCCUGGAGUGGGUGGACUGUGGACGGAUCAACUCUUUAUAGCAUGGAAGGGGCGAAGAUAGGUUUGAUGUUCUGUGUUGAGACAGAGAACGCUGGUGCUCCCAGGGACAUGGACAUCAUGGACAGGUUCUACAGAAAGUUUGGGUUUGAAGGUGAAAUAAUAAGACAGCCAAGUAAAGAGUUCAUGCUGAGGUCUUUGCAGAAUCUUGCCAACUACAGUCCAAAACCAGUCAGCUGCAUCCUGAUUGCAUUCUCCGGUCAUGGUGAUGAAAAAGUUGGGGAAUGGAACGAAUCUGAGCUGGUCACCGCUGAUCACCAACGAGUGAAAGUGAGCAGCAUUACAAGCAUUUUUAGUGAGACAAACUGUCCCCGGCUGAAGGGAGUACCCAAGAUCUUCAUCACUGAUGCCUGCAGGGGAAGAAUACAUGAGUUUGGAGUCAUGCACGGCUCAGGCAAAAUCCAGGGAUUAAGAGCUAAGAAUGAGCGUGAUGAGGAAUACCUCCGAAAAUACAGGACAAGCUACCGGUCAGCUGUCAUCAACGACAUGUUUGCAGUGUAUGCAGCAACUCCAGGCAAUCCAGCCUACAUGGAUGAAUUGACAGGGGGCUAUCUGUUCUUCUGCAUUGAAAGAGUGUUUCUGGACCACAGCACAGUCGGAAUACACUUCAUGGAUCUGUUCAUAAGGGUGAAGCAGUGCUUCGAAAAAAUCAACUCAAGCACAUGCGUUGAUUUACCACUGCUGACCAUGAACAUGGAGAGCACCUUCAGCCAUCUCCUCUAUCUGGGCUAGAGCUGUACUAAAAUACAAUACCUGCGUUAUUCCUCUACUACUCUCUCUCUAUAUAUAUUAUUAUUAAGGGACCAUUUCAGUUUCUGAAUCAGUUCUCUGAUUUUGCUUUUGUCAUUUAGAGCAUGUAAAGUUCCGAAAUCAAGAUUUGGUGGAAUAACCCUGCUUUUUAAUCACAGUUUUUUCAUGCAUCUUGGCAUCAUGUUCUCCUCCUCCACCAGUCUUACACACUGCUUUUGGAUAACUUUAUGCUGCUUUACUCCUGGUGCAAAAAUUCAAGCAGUUCAGUUUGGUGGUUUGAUGGUUUGUGAUCAUCCAUCUUCCUCUUGAUUAAAUUCCAGAGGUUUUCAAUUUGGCAAAUGAAAGAAGUUCAUCAUUUUGAGUGGUCUCUUAUUUUUUCCAGAGCUGUAUACAUAUAUUACAUACACUAGUUCUCUAGUAAACUCUUUACGACUGUUUUUCUGCACUUGUUUUAUGAAGUUUUUUGCGAUAAAGAUAAAACAGCUGUAUUUGUCCUGCCUGCUCCUCUCCAUAUCAGCACCAGGGGGCACCUAAAGACUAGAGAUAUUCAGCACUGUUUGCACCACAAACUGUUUUUUAAAAAAGUAUUUAUUUUAUUAACGUAUAUAAAACAUAUAAGAACAAUACAGAAUUAACAAUAAGCA